AUGGCGACACACUGGGACGCUCUGUACAGGCGCUACCAGCUGCACCGGUACCUGAUGCUCAUGGAGCUCCAGCAGGAGGACAUUGUCAGCAUCUGGAACGGCGUGUCGGAGUACAUCCAUCGGCACCUGCUGCUGAACAGGGGGGUGAAAAUCAAUGGACUUGGGACAUUCUUCGUUGUUAGACAGUAUUUACCAACAAGGGACGAUGACCUUCCUGUUCAGAGACCUGUAUUUAAUCUAUCUGCGACUGUCGCAGUGGUUCACCAGAUCAAGUACACUAAUAGAGACAUUCCUGGUGACGUGAUGAUUCUGCCGGUGUACCACCACAAGAUGCGCUUGGAGCCCUUCUUUCGCAAGAGGAUAGUGGAGCAGUGCAUAGGGGAGACCAUGAUUUGUCUCUCCCACCUUCUUGGCUGCGAAUACGAUGUGGACUUUGUUUUCAGAGAUAUUGGUGUUCUCGUUAUCCGAGAAAAGAGAGUGCGGAUGAGAUUUUACAAAGAGUUCCUUGAUACUCUAGAUCAGACUGGGAGGCUGGCAGAAGCCUUUCUCCAUGAUCCAGUGACAAAGGACUUGGUGAUAAUAGACAGGAAAGUCAUUGUUCCUCAGAGCGAUGACAGUGACCCAGGUAUCUUCAUGUUUCCAAGGCUGGAGAUCAAGAGGGUGUGUAGACCAUUAUUCUGGAAACCCUCCAGGAAAAGAACUCUAAAGUCUAUCCAGGGAAAGAAAGCAGGGAGAGAGACGCUUGAUGAGAAGAUCAUGGGAAAAGGCUCAAGAGACAGCCUGAAGAGGGACGAACAGCAGGACUUGGUCACUUUCUCCUCCAACCCAUUGUGUGCUCAUCAUUCGAGUGUGUUUUUUAGACAGCUGCUAGCAAUGCUAGAGAGCACGCAGGAGGAUGAGAAAGCUGAGAGCAAACACUCUCCUGAUGACCAGCCUUGGACUGUCCAUGAAGGGCACCGCAGAGCACGAAAGGAGGUAAAAUACCUGCCUACCCCGUGGGACCAAAAAAACCGCUGGGCAACGUGGGACCAAGACAGGCGCCGGAGAGAAAGAGCGGAGCUGGCAGCCGCGCUAGCGAGGAGAGCGAAGGAAGAGCAGUGGGUGGCCAAGGUACCGGCAGCAUUUAAAGCAUGUGGGAAAAUAGCCUUUCUCUCAGCGGGGGCUGUGGUUUGA